AAAAAUAUUGUAACACAAUCAAUUGUAUAAAACUAGGUGUUUAUUUGAUUCCUAACUGAAGUAUAAAAACGCCGGGCUGCUUUCUGCCAAGACCGAACUGACGUGUGCUUAGUCCCACCUUCGCGCUUAAAAGGGGUCAUUAUCCUCGUGCUUAUUCGGUAGCUUUACGUUGUGAACAUUAACUGCUUGGUAUUAGAGAAUUCUCGGUGUCCACGCCGCAUUUAAUUUUGUCAAACUCUUAAGGUCUUCCGUUACUGUCCGGUUUGUCGAAAAAUAGGACGACGUGUUGAAAUCGCUUUGCCCCUUGCAAUUCGACAGACGAGAAGCACGGCAAAGUGGAGCGUUGUCUCGUCUCGUCUUCUUCAGUGUAACGCUUCGCUGUAGCUGUAACUGUAACUGUUUUAUUUAAUAGUCUAGCGAAGUUUUAGAUCAGGCUGCAGCUACUAUAAUUUGUAAAUUGUUGAAUAUCAGGGUACGUUUCGACCAGCCAGCAAAACAACUUCAGGCGGUGGUUUGUUCGGAAGUAACAAUUCGCCCUUCUUCCACCAUACGGUUCCAUUCCAACAACACGGGCACAAGAUGGUAAUGGAUGCAACACCUUCGCCGCAGAACGUGGGCCGCGAGUUCGUCCGUCAGUAUUACACGCUGCUGAACAAGGCGCCAGACCAUCUGCACCGAUUCUACAACAGCUCGUCCAGCUUUGUGCACGGUGGUCUCGACUCGAAACAUCAAGAUACGGCAUUGGUGAUCGGUCAGAAGCAAAUUUCGUGCAAGAUACAGCAGUUAAAUUUUCGUGAUUGCCACGCCAAGAUUAGCCAGGUCGACGCACAAGCAACGCUGGGCAAUGGGGUGGUGGUGCAGGUGACGGGUGAGCUCUCGAACGAUGGGCAGCCGAUGCGCCGUUUCACGCAGACGUUCGUCCUAGCGGCCCAGUCGCCGAAGAAGUACUAUGUCCAUAACGACAUAUUCCGGUACCAGGACAUCUACACGGAUGACGACACCGAUGAUGGUGAGCGUGCUAACGGCGAUGAAGACGGUCCCGAUGUCGGGUCUGAUGGAUGUUUGGUGGAAUCCAAGCACGGUACAGCCGGCGUAAACCUUGGCGGCCAUUUGCAGCAUAUAUCGCAGCAACAACCGCCACAGCAACAACCAAUGACGCAAGCUCCUCAGCAGUCCCUCUACUAUCCAUCGAAUGUGAUAAGCACUGGUUCGGGAUUGUUACCUGCUUAUGGGCAAUCUGUGGCUAGCCAAGCGGCGCAGGCUACCCCGCAACCUCAAUCACAACAGCAACCCCAGCAGCAGCAGUUACAGCAGCCACAGCUUAAUGGGCUUCACGAGGAUUUGAUAAAAAAUGUAAGUUCCGGUGUAGGCACACUGUUGACGGGCACCGGUACCACACUUCAACCUACGUCUCUCGAUCCGACCAUUACUCACAUCAACAUGCUAAAUCAACAACCGUCACUCACCCAGGUCCAGUCUGCAACGGCACACGGAUCUUCGACCCAACAGCAGCCUCCCCAUUCAAACCGAACAUUGGGUGAGUCGGAUUUACCGAAAAAUUCUCUCAACCUUGACCAUGUCACUAGUGGUGGAAGUUCAGGAGACAGUGAAACGCUGCCUACGACUAUAGGUGGUUCCACCAAUGACUUAGAAAACCAUCAGCAACAGCCGCAGCAGCCUCACCAGACGCAGCACCACAAGCCUCAGCAACAACAGCAGCACCAGCAACAGCAGCCGCACCACCACCAUCACCACCACCACCAACAACAACAGCAGCACCACCAGCCGCCACAACAGCAGCAGCAGCCGCAACAGCAGCUACAGCACCAACAGCCACAACAGCAGCUGCAGCAAUCGCAACAGCAGCUGCAGCAGCAACAGCCGCAACAGCAACUGCAGCAUCAGCACCAACAACACCAGCAACAGCAGCAGAAGCAACAGCCGGAACAGCAGCCGCAGUCGCAACAGCAGCUGCAGCAGCAGCACUCUCAACUGCAGCAGCAGCAGCCCCAACAGUUGCAGCAGUCGCAGCAGCAGCAACAGCAGCAGCAGCAGCAGACGCAACAGCAGCAGCAUCAACAACAGCCGCAGCAAACGCCACCGCACCAAGAACAACAACCGCAACAUUUGCAACAGCAGCAACCGCAACAUUUGCAUCCGCAGCAACCACCACAACAGCAGCAGCAGAAACAACAACAGCAACCACAACAACAGCAGCAGCACCAACAACAACCAAAACAGCAGCAAAAACAACAACAAUCGCAACCGCAACAGCAGCAGCCACCACAACAGCAGCCGCAACAACAGCAGCCGCAACAGCAGCAGCACCACCACCAGCACCACCACCACCAACAUACGCAACAACAACAACAAAAACAGCAACAAAAACAACCACAACAGCAACAACAAGGAACACUAAACCAUCACAAUAAUCAACAGCAGUCACAGGGACAAGCAACUCAUCAUUCGGGCGGUUUCGGAAAUAAGCAACAGUUGGUGGUGCAAUCGCUGGAGCCAAAAACCUAUGCCAAUUUAGUGAAGUCGGGUGUUGGAGCGGCUGGGCCAUUAAGCUUUGCGUCAGCCAUGCAAGCGUCGCUUAACGUAGGUGGUUCCGUGUCCCAAACUUCCACACAAAGCCACAGUCAGCAUCAACAAAACCAUGGGUCGCAGCAUCAACCACAUCAUACGUACGGUACUGGCCGAGGACAGCGAGAGACAGUGUCGCCAGCUACAUCCUGUACUACGGGCGGAAGUAUGGCCACCAUCCUCAGUGUAAACGGCAAGUUUGCUAACGAUCGACAACAAGAUACUGCGCUGGGCACUGGGCUUGGCACCGGUGGUAGUACUGGUGGCACGGCUGGCAACUUGUCUCAGCAGCGAUCUCAGCAGCAACGAUCGAUGCGGGUGAAUGGAACGGCCGGGGCAGCAGGGCUACGACAGCAGGAUGGCCGGCAGUCGAGCUACGGACGGCAAAACUACAACGACGGCGAUGAGCGACGUCAAAGUUCGUCCGCCCAGUUAGGUGACAACCACCAGCUGUUCCUCGGGAAUAUACCACACCACGCGACUGAAGAUGAACUCAAGUCGCUGUUCAGCAAGUUUGGUACAGUGGUCGAUUUGCGCAUUCUAUCGAAAUCGGUUCAGAAACUACCAGGAGUGCGAACGCCACCACAUUACGGCUUCAUCACGUACGAAGAUCCCAGCUCGGUGCAAACGUGCCUAGGGAACAUGCCGCUCUUCUUCCCGGAAAAUUCUCCGGACGGACAAAAGUUGAACGUUGAGGAAAAAAAAACCCGCGUCCGUGGGCCGGGCGAGAGUGGAGGACGUAUUAACAAUGGCGGACUCGGCAGUGGCGGAGGGUCGACUAGGUCCGGUGGUGGCUCAGGAGGUCAAUCGCGAAGCGGUCCAUCGGGAGGCCAGGGUGGCGCCAGUAUGAAUCGUGGUGGUGGUAGCGGCGGUGCAAGUGGUGGUGGUGGCGGCCAGCGAAGCCUCGGUAGCACGGUCGUUGGUAGUAGCGGAGGAAACCGUGGUACAGGAAGUGGCGGUGGCAGUAGCGGCUAUGGUCAGCGACCUGAUAGGAACAACGUAAACUCCCAAAGAUCUGUCGCUAAUGCAACGGGCAUCACCAACCGUGGUUUCGGUUCUGGCUUCUAAAUGCAAAGAGAAAGGAGACAUCGAUGAGGAGAAGGUGAAAGUAACUGUGGAAGUACGGAUGAGCAUUUUGAACGUAAAGACCCGCAUGCGUGUAUCAUAAGCAAACACACAGACCGACGCACGGACGUUUGAGGCGAACUUAGCUAGAGCAUGAUGGCCAAGACGCGAAAAGCUGUCGGCACUAGCUAGCAGUACACUUGAACAACGUUCUCAGAGGUUCCAAUGUCUUUAGACCAAAGCAAUCAACACAUUUCCAACAAAUUAGGGACAGCUUCAAUUGUUGCAGUUGUCAAAAUGCAUACGUGUACAUGUAUACAUGUGAACGAAUGCACUAUAAGAACAAAUUACGUGAUAUGCACUAACAUUGGUAAACUGCGAAAGGAUGACGAAAAUAAGGAACAACAUGUGCUAGAAUGCGAAUGGUAUAUUUGUCGACAUGAAUGUGUGUGUUUGUGUGUUGUAUGUGAUCGCGCACGCAAUGCUCUGACAACAAAUGACAUUUUUCAUUAGUAGCUUUUUUCUUGAAUUCCAUCAUCAUCUGAUUGAGUCUACAAAUUGAAUCGAAAACGUACCAUAUUCUCAGCAAAUAGUCAUAUGUCUAGUUCGAGUUGAAGUCAAAAAAAUCCUGAUAACCCAUCGUACGCGUAAUUAGCUUGUUUGUUUCAUGUAGAGAAACAGUCAGAGGUGUAUGUUCAUAUGCUUAAAUUCUUGCAUUCGCCGUAAUGCACUAAAGACGAGAUCCGCUUACUAUAACGCAACUUUAGCGAUUUCCUCUUUCCAUAACUGGGAGUUUAAGCAAUCGAUGGUAACAGAACCAAGCUGGUGAUUGGAAGCAGUCUAGGCAUGGCUUUCGUGACAUCCGAUUCAUUGAGUAAUCGGUGUCGCCGGCUAGAAUUAGAAUAGCAUAAAAAGGCGAUAAGAACAGAGAUUCCAAAUUAUUGGAAUGAACAUAUGGCGCGGAAAGCAGCUAAGGAAAAUUUUUGAUACAAACUUCUUAACGGAAUGGAAACGACAAACGUAAUUAAAUUAAAAAUAGUUUUACUUAAUUACACUCUAGAACUUACAAACGAAUGCACAGCUACAUACGUACACAUAAAUACAAAGAAAACAACCUAUAAGCAAAGUUCUAUAUUUCCCCGGUAUUAGCGUUCAGCGAAGUAAGCACAUGCAAAUAAUAGAAUGAACAAAUGAUAAAUUAAUUAUGUGGAUAAUGCUUUUUUUACAUUCUAGUUUCUACACAUCGCCUUUUAGGUCAUUUAGUGAAUAAAAAGCGAAAGCAGAAGUGUAAUUCAAACAAACUUUAAAAGGGAGCUAGUAAAUGAGCAACGGCUGUGUUGCGCUUCUUGUACCCUUUCGAGUCGGCUUUCGGUUGGUAGUGAUAAUGUCACGUCAAUAUCCAUCGACAAACAACGUAAUUAUGCCGUUACUUCAACCUCACUGAAGUAUUGCACCUAGGAGGGGUUGUGAUGGGUUUAGGUUAGGGUUGGGGAAAGUAGUAACAAAUCAGAGUAUGGUAGAAAAAGCAAUUGGAAGAUCCUACACUACUAUUUCUAUCUGAAAUGGAGGGAUGUGGAUUCCUGUUUUUCGGGGUAUUGGGAAAAGGAGCGGAGCAGUUUUUAUCAGUUAAUCCUUCCAGGAAAGGGAGGACUAUCGGCCCAUCCUUCAUAAUACUGCUUUACUAAUUCAGGUGCCCUGUUCAAGGGGUUUCUAAACGGGAAGGCCCAUAUCAAAAUAGUACACCAGAGCUGGAGCUGGAGGUGGAGCUGGAGUUUGAUGCGAAAUAUUCAUUUCCUUGUGUCGUCAUUCGGCCGACCUUGUCAACGAAAGGAUGACCUAUAUCUCUUUUUACAUUCAUUUGAGAUUCGAAAUAAGUUUGAUUUAUCUGUUUUACUUUGUUUUGAACUAGGAACAAUAACACGAGGCUAAUACACACCAAUGAGAAGUAAAUUUAGUGAAUAUAUGUAAAAAAUAUGUAUGUGCUGGGACAAUUUUUCUUAAAGACAAAUGAGUAUAAUAACGCUCGUAGCUGUUUCAUGCAUCACAUGCUUUCCUUAUAAUAUAGAAUGCUAUGCUGUAGAUGAUGUCCGAACGAACAGAUUUCAACAUACCGAUUUCUAGUAAGAGAACAAUAGUAUAGAUAAUGUUUAUUUCCAGUGUACGAUAAAAGGUCAAGAAAUUAAUCAGCACAAAAUAAGUGUUUCUUGGGAGAACAUUAGUAAACUGGGUUUUAAAACACACAUAAGACUGACAUGCUAUUGUGUCCUAAUUAGGCACAGUAAAUACAUUAUCCACCUUACCUAGAAACAAAUUGCAGCGUAUCAAAACCCGUUACAAAAUUAGCACUAGCAACGUGAAUUCUUCAUGCUCAUGACUCCUGACUCGAAAAAUUAGUGGUGUUGAAAGGUUCCUUCUCGUGUGCAACAGAACACUGUUUUGCACACGAUGAUGAACAGCAUGAUAACUAUAUUCUCAGUGAGCUUUUCUUUCGCAUGGUUUUAGUAUGUUAUGGUUGGAAAUUCUGUACACCAUUUUUUUCAGAACAGUCAAUGUUUCAUUAUCAGAUAGUGUAGGCAAAUUAUACAGCAACUCCGAUCCAAUCAACAAAUGCCAUUACGCCCAUAAGGCAUAUUCAAAAAAAAAUCUACAAUAGUAAAUCACGUUUCAUAUCGGCGUUCUUUUGCACGUAUCUAUCGGUUUAAAUCGUAUACUCCAACAGUAAAAAUACGAAAGCGAACCAAACAGUGAAAUAAAAUAUACUGAUCGUAAAAGAACCCCGAAUUUUAAAUUGAGUUUUGUGUAUAGGAAUUUUCAUAUACGAGAUAUCUGAUUUUCUCGGCGUUUGGUAUACGGAUAUUUAGGUAAAAUUGGAUAUACAUAUACAUAGCCCGCGGAAAUUCAAAUGUCGCGAUAAUUGUUGAUCAGCUAUCGCAUGUGUUUUCAUAAAUUAUUGCAUGCAUUGCACUAUCGCUGCAGCAGUUAAGCUAUUUAGUAACAGUAAUAUCUAUGUUAGUUAAGCUUUGUGUGCGCUUUGAUGCUUGUCCAAUCCAUGCACCAUAUGUUUUUCUUGCCUAAUAUUUUGAGUU